UGCACAAGCAUGCCUCAGCUGAUUUUCUAUUUUUUGUAGAGAUGAGGUCUCCCUAUGUUGCCCAGGCUGGCCUUGAACUCCUGGCCUUAAGAGAUCCUCUUGCCUUGGCCUCCCAAAGUACUGGGAUUCAGGCAUGAUCCACCAUGCUUUGCAAUAAGAAUAUUUAAAUAAAUGUGAAAAUAUCCAGGUGUAUCCAUUCCUCUCAUUCUCUGACAUCUAGUCCUGGAUGAGCACUGAACUCAGAAACUCAGAAACACAAGGCACUGGAAGCCCUGGAGUCAGAAACAAACAAAAACAAACUUCUGUUCUCUUUAAGCUGCAUUCAUUAAGACAGAAAUGAGGAUUCAUAUUUUAGAAAGUUUUCUAACAUGGUUAAGUUUUGAUCAACUGGAGAACUCAUGAGUCAGAACAAACUUGUUGGGACCUAGCGUGAACUUUACCUGUAGUUGGAGCUCAGUGAAUCCCCCUGAUUAUGGUUGAUAUUGCACCACAGAAAGGUCUCAGCCACUCACAGGUGUUCGUCCUCCAGGGGUCCUGUCUGCCUCAGCAUUUCCUCUCUGCUUUUCUUCACCUUUCUUGCAUGAAGCCACAUCUAGGCUGCUAGGAAAUGUGAUGACUCAUCUGACAUCAGAUCGCAUCGUUUUAUUCGCCCUUCAUGUCUGCCUCAGUCUCUGAUACUGUGAAUAACUGUGUGAAGUCAUGGGAAUGUUUUGGUUUCUCAGAAGACACACGCAGAUUGCAGUGGGCUUCUGAUGAUGUCAAGGUUGGAUGCCUGCGGCUGAUAGCUCUUUGUUUUCCACAAUCCUUUGCCUAGAAAAAAAGGAAUCCAAGUGUGUUUUAACUAUGACAACCAGCAAAGGGCAGGGAUUCCUUCAUGGGGGCUUGUGUCUCUGGCUGUGUGUGUUCACACCUUUCUUUAAAGGCUGUGCAGGCUGCGCAACUGAGGAGAGGCUCUUCCACAAACUGUUUUCUCAUUACAACCGGUUCAUCAGGCCCGUGGAAAAUGUGUCCGACCCUGUCACGGUGCACUUUGAAGUGGCCAUCACCCAGCUAGCCAACGUGGAUGAAGUAAACCAGAUCAUGGAAACCAAUUUGUGGCUGCGUCAUAUCUGGAAUGAUUAUAAAUUGCGCUGGGAUCCAACGGAAUACGACGGCAUUGAGACUCUUCGUGUGCCUGCGGAUAAGAUUUGGAAGCCAGACAUUGUUCUCUAUAAUAAUGCUGUUGGUGACUUCCAAGUUGAAGGCAAGACAAAAGCUCUUCUUAAAUACAAUGGCACGAUAACCUGGACUCCACCAGCUAUUUUUAAGAGUUCCUGUCCUAUGGAUAUCACCUUUUUCCCUUUUGAUCAUCAAAACUGUUCACUAAAAUUUGGUUCCUGGACGUAUGACAAAGCUGAAAUUGAUCUUCUAAUCAUUGGAUCAAAAGUGGAUAUGAAUGAUUUUUGGGAAAACAGUGAAUGGGAAAUUAUUGAUGCCUCUGGCUACAAACAUGACAUAAAAUACAACUGUUGUGAGGAAAUAUACACAGAUAUAACCUAUUCUUUCUACAUUAGAAGAUUGCCGAUGUUUUACACGAUUAAUCUGAUCAUCCCCUGUCUCUUUAUUUCAUUUCUAACUGUGUUGGUCUUUUACCUUCCUUCGGACUGUGGUGAAAAAGUGACGCUUUGUAUUUCAGUCCUGCUUUCUCUGACUGUGUUUUUGCUGGUCAUCACAGAAACCAUCCCAUCCACCUCUCUGGUGGUCCCACUGGUGGGUGAGUACCUGCUGUUCACCAUGAUCUUUGUCACACUGUCCAUCGUGGUGACUGUGUUUGUGUUGAACAUACACUACCGCACCCCGACGACGCACGCCAUGCCCAGGUGGGUGAAGACAGUUUUCCUGCAGCUGCUGCCCCAGGUCCUGCUGAUGAGGUGGCCUCUGGACAAGACAAGGGGCACAGGCUCUGAUGCAGUGCCUAGAGACCUUGCCAGGAGGCCCACCAAGGGCAAGUUUGCGAGCCGUGGGGAACCCAGACAUCUUAAAGAAUGCUUCCAUUGUCACAAAUCAAAUGAGCUUGCCACCAGCAAGAGAAGAUUAAGUCAUCAGCCGUUACAGUGGAUGGCGGAAAAUUCAGAGCACUCACCUGAAGUUGAAGAUGUGAUUAACAGUGUUCAUUUCAUAGCAGAAAACAUGAAGAGCCACAAUGCAACCAAGGAGGUAGAAGAUGACUGGAAAUACGUGGCCAUGGUGGUGGACAGAGUAUUUCUUUGGGUAUUUAUAAUUGUCUGUGUGUUUGGAACUGCGGGGCUAUUUCUACAGCCACUACUUGGGAACACAGGAAAAUCUUAAAAUGUAUUUUCCUUUAUGUUCAGAAAGUAACAGACACCGUAUUUGUUCUGCAUUCCUUGCCACAAGGAAAGGAAGGCAAAGGCUUCCUACCCAAGUCCCUCAUCUACUAAAGCUGAUGGCUAGAUGGAAAAAGAGGACUUUCUUGUACAUUGGGAGGCGGAGUAUCCUCUGAUGCAGCACAGGGGAGAAGUGAAUGUGUUACGACACUAGUGCCCAGAUCAGGCAGUACCCACGGUUACAGUAUUAGGCCACGCUUCUCGUGUCUGUGUGUUUGGCUUCCAAGGACAUGAAUGACUUAUACUACAGCCUAGCUAUGUAAUUAACAUCAAGCCACACUAAGAAGUUUUGCUGUACCUCCAGUGGGUGCUGUUUCUCAGUAUCAUGACAUGUGAGUGGGUGCUGUUUCUCAGUAUCAUGACGUGAGAGGUGAACUCUGGGAAUUGGACCUUGCAACAUUUGUGAACUGUUUGCCACACUUGUGACCUAGUGCAUGCUUGAUUUCUUGUGCAUGUCUUUGUGAUGUAGCUCACACCUCUCAGCAUUAUUUGAUACAUUGUUUUUUCUUUUUUGAGAUGGAGUUUUGUUCUUGUUGCCCAGGCCCGAGUGUAACUGCAUGAUCUCGGCUCACGGCAACCUCUGCCUCCUGGGUUCAAGUGAUUCUCCUGCCUCAGCCUCCCAAGUAGCUGGGAUUACAGGCAUGCCCCACCAAGCCUUAUUAGUUUUGUAUUUUUAGUAGAGAUAGGGUUUCUUCAUGUUGAUCAGGCUGGUCUUGAACUCCUGACCUCAAGUGAUCCACCUGCCUCAGCCCCCCAAAGCGCUGGGAUUACAGGCGUGAGCCACCGCGCCGGCCAGUAAUUAUAAUACUUACAUUUAUCUUCCUGUCUUUAAAAAGGGUUGGUUGUUACUCAAUACUUUAUUUUUUAUUGUUAAGCCCAAUCAAUAUCUAAUUUCAUUUAAAUUUUUUGAACUGUGGUAAAAUCACAUAACAUUUCCCAUCGUCACUGGUUUUAAGCAUACAGUUUAAUGGUACUAAAUGCCUUCAUGUUGUUGUACGACCUUCAUGACCAUCCAACUCCAGAACUCUUUGUCCUGCAAAACGGAAACGCUGCACCCAGUAAGGAAUUACUGCUCCUUCUCCUGGACCUCACAGGCAACCCCUAUUCUACUUUCUGUCUCUAUGAAUUCGACCACUCUGGCCACCUCAUAUAAGUGGGAUCAUACUGUGUUUGUUCAUUUGUGACUGGCUUAUUUCACUUGGCAUAACAGUUUCAAGGUGCAUCUAUAUUGUAACGUGUCAACAUGUUUCUUUCCUUUUCAAGGCUGAAUAAUAUUCUAUUGUGCAUACUUACCUCACUUUAUGUAUCCAUUCAGCUGUCAAUGGACACUUGCGUUGCUUCUACCUUUUGGCUGCUGCUAUGGACUUGGGCUUACCAAUAACUCUGAGUCCCUGCUUUCAGUUAUCUUGGGUAUAUAUUCACAAGUGAAAUUGCUGGAUCAGA